GUAUUUUCAAUUUUCCAUCCAUAAAAAAUCUAAAAAAGAACCUUUGAGAAAGUUUGAGAACGUUCCAGAUUCUCACCCCACUAUUAACUGAGCGUCCGUCUUCACCACCCCUGAUCAUCUUCUCCACCAAUCGCAAACGAAUCCAAGCUUUCUCUCUCUACAUCUAUCCGACUCUCUCUCUAGAUCUCCAACGAUGCCGAGCAGAAACCCAGGAGUGAUAACCCAGGACUGGGAGCCGGUGGUCAUCCACAAGUCCAGGCCCAAGGGUCAAGACCUCCGCGACCCGAAGGCUGUGAACCAGGCGCUCCGGUCCGGCGCGCCGAUCCAGACCAUAAAGAAAUUCGACGCGGGCUCCAACAAGAAGGCAGCGCCGGUCGUCAGCGUGAAGAAGCUCGAGGAAGGGACCGAGCCGGCGGCGCUGGACCGGGUCUCGACCGAUGUGAGGCAGGCCAUACAGAAGGCGCGUCUGGCGAAGAAGUUGAGCCAGGCCGACCUGGCCAAGCGGAUCAACGAGCGGCCUCAGGUGGUUCAGGAGUACGAGAAUGGCAAGGCGGUACCGAAUCAGGCCGUGCUCUCCAAGAUGGAGAGGAUUCUGGAAGUGAAGCUCAGGGGCAAAGUUGGCAAAUAAAAAUAGUACUGUGAAAAGCUAAAAACGCUGACAUCGACGUCGUUUUAGUGUUUUUGUUAUGAACAUAAUGGUUGGUGUAAUGGUUUCUGUCAGUUGUCUGUGUGUGUUGUGAAUCGAGAGAGAGGAUGUACAAAGAUGAAAGGGAUGUAUAGGCUAAAUAAAUUGCCAAUUGAUUUCAUGAGAUCAAUGGAGUUUGAUGUUGUCGUUGGCGUGAUA